CAUCACUCUAACACAAAAUAUGCAAUCGCACAUUUUUUUGCUGCAUUAUGAACUGUUGUAUUGCAUCAACCUGUCAAAAUCACAAGAAUAUCUCUUCGUGGUCGGGUUGUGGACAGCAAGUCACGCAUGAGCUCCAGAGUCCGGCGUGGACGAGGGCACAACGCGAGCGCACCCAGCUCGAGCCUUGCUCCGCGGCCACAACCAGCGCUUCCUUGUUCCCAGCAGCUGAAGCUAUGGCCAUGGCCGAGGAACCUGCAGCUGCGCCGGCGGUACAGGCGUCACCCAAGCUCAAGAAGGCGCCGACGGCGGUCACGGACACGAGCAGCACCGCGAGCAGCAGCGACAACGAGAAGAGCGUCAAACCCUCGGCCGAGCUGCUGCAGAAGGAGCCGCAGGAACAGCCAAGCCGCUCAGUUCGCGCCGACUCACUGGGCGUGGACCGCAGCUCCCGUCCGCACUUCAAGGAAGGAAUCCGUCUCGCCGAGAUGGGCAAGUGGAGCACGCUCAUCGACCGCGUGGCGUCCGAGCCGCAGCUCGCGCGCCACAAGGACCACCACGGCAUGCUGCCGCUGCACUGGGCCUGUACAGAGGACGACACCCCGCCCAAGGCUGUGCGUGCGCUGCUCGCAGCCUUCCCCGAAGCUGUGAUCACCAAGAACAAUGCGCAGUACCUGCCGAUCCACAUCGCAGUGAAGGCGCGUGCACCCCUGGAAACACUCAAACUGCUGGUUGAAGCACGACCCAGCUCGCUUAUGGAGGAGACGCCUGCGGGCAAGACGGUGAUUCAACUGGCCAAGGAGAUGCAGCUUCCCCAGGGAGCCAUGGAAAUGCUCCAGCGUGCCGAACAGGACUAUCUGGACCUCAGCGAAGACGAUGACGAGGCUUUUGACUAUGAGGACGUCAAGCGUGAGAUCGAAGUACAGAGUCAGCUCUUACGUGAGAGUAUGCUACACCCACCGUCGAUGAACGGCCCGAACGCUUCGUUGCCGCCGUCGAACCCCAUCGGCGCCGCGUUUGACCUCGGUGCAUCGCAGAACCCGUUUGAGAACAGUCAGAACAUGGUCACGACGCUCAGCUUUGUGGACGGCACGCUAGUGCAGUCGCAGUGCAACUUGUCCAAGUCCGUGUCGCUUCCUCGCAAGACGGAGGGACCCACACAGGUGGUGACAGACACCUUAUCUCCACCCCCGACAUCGCUGGCGACACAGGCACGUGGCGCACCCGCACUGGGACCUGGACGCUCCAAGAGCGCUCGUGAGAUUUCUCAAGCGCCAGCCCCCGCUGCAUUUGACGACUCAUCUUUCGGCCGACCGAUCUAUGAGCCUGACCACAACGCCGGUGUGUGCGGCGUAUGCUACAAGAAAUUCUCCAUGUUUCGCAAGAAAUACCAGUGCAAGGGCUGCUUUACGUAUCUGUGCAAGAAGCACGUGGCUGGGAAGAUUAUGCUGCCGAAUUACUCCAAGAAGCGCUCAGUGUGCGGUGACUGCUAUCGGAUUUACCGCAAUGGGCCCAUGUCGGCGAACACUGCGUCUGGAGUUACUGGUGCCGGUGCGCGCGCCGCAAGAGCAUCAGGCAGCCACAUUUCCGGGUCUGGUCCUCCAAGUGAUAAGAAGGGCCCGAACCUACGCACUACGACGUCCCUCCCUGCGCCUUCGACGGUGUCUGCACCAUCAACUGUGGCGGAAGCUACGGACACGAUCAGCUCCAACAGCAGCAUGCUGUACAACAACACUCGUCCGAGUAACCCCCUCGGUUCUCGUCUUAACAGCGCACGUACGACCCGUGCGGAGUCUACCCACUCAAUGGUGGGCCGGCCGUCGAACGUCCCUGGCCCGCAGAUGAACCUGCGUUACAGUACCAAUACUGCUGGUGCACGGCCGAACCGCGUGCCGAGCGGAGGCCGCACGCACGGCAGCAACACUGCGAUCAGUGACACGACUGUGAGUCUUACGGACAGUGACCACCAGGCAGCUGAUGUGAGUGCUCUGCAGCACCGUAUUGCGACACUGGAGGAGUGCAACAAGAUUCUUAUGAAUCGUGUGGCGGAUCAGGAGAAGCAGUACAACGAGGCCAUGUUGCUGCUUACAACGACGAUGACGCGUGUGGCCGAGAUGGAGAUCCGUCUGCCUACGGAACAACGCAAGUCGUACCGAGGAACGGGUGGCUCCACUACUGCAUCGGAGAGGGCAUCCGAGGUGGAUAACAGUGAUAAGUUCUCCUUCGCGACCCCGUUGGUGGAGAAGUACGACUGAGUGCGAACCAGUGUGAAGCAUACGAGUGAAGUAUUAGUAUAGACGUCGUCGCGUGCUUGGACAAGGGAGCAAGGGCUCUGAACGGACUUUUUUGCUACAGACGUAUCGAUAGACACAACAUGAGAUUCGAGUGAUAGGCUUGCUAAGCAGCGCUAUGGAAGAUUAUUAUAUGUUCUUGAUGAGCAAUGUAAUGUGUCAGUAUUUUAUCGAACAAGGUCAUGUUGAAGAGGUCAAACA